CCUUGCAGAACCCCAAGUAGAAAGCAGAAGCAAGAGCACAGAGCCGGUACUUCGGAGAGAAGAAGAGAAACCGAGCAACUCAUUCAAACUCGCCCAUGGCGGCCAAAGGCCGAGGAAGCGAUGAAUCGAAGAAGAGAAAGGGGGUCUCACCGGCGGAUGACGGAGAGAAAUCAAAUCCGAAGAAAGUGAAGUCGUUCCCCAAUCGCCCGCACAAAGCUCCUACCAAACGCCUCGAAUCCCACAGGCAACAGCCUCACAAAUUUAAAUCCCAGUUCGGGAAAUCGCAUGCCCCUGAAGAGAAGGCUGCCCCAAAAACCAAGCGCGAACGCCGUUUACACGCGAAGGAACUGGCCGAAGCUAGGAAGAAGAAGAGGAAGCCUUAUUACAAUCUCGAGCAAGAGCUUGCUUCGUUGUGGGAAAAGAUGAGGCAGCGUGAUAUUGCCAAAGAAGAUAGAUCCAAGUUGGUGAGUGAAGCUUUACAGAAAAUGAAGGGAAAGAUUCCUGAAAUUGCAAGCUCCCAUGUUUCGUCUCGUGUCCUGCAGACUUGUAUCAAGUACUGUUCACAAGCUGAAAGGGAUGCUGUAUAUAAGGAGCUGCGACCCCAUUUUCUUACCCUUGCAUGCAAUACUUAUGCAGUCCAUCUAGUGAAGAAGAUGUUAGACAAUGCUUCAAAGGAACAGUUUGAAGAAUUUAUUUCCUUUAUACAUGGACAUGUUGCUUCCCUUCUCAGACACAUGGUUGGAUCUGUUGUCAUUGAGCAUGCAUAUCAGUUGGGAAACGCAACUCAAAAACAGUCUCUUCUGACGGAAUUAUAUUCUCCUGAGCUUCAAUUGUUUAAGGAUUUGGUGUCUAAGAAAGAGAGCAGGUUAGUGGAUGUAAUUUCUAACCUGGGUCUGCAAAAAGGUUCGGUCUUACGACACAUGAGUUCUGUGUUCCAACCAAUCUUGGAGAAAGGAAUAGUAGACCACUCUAUCAUACACAAGGCAUUGAUAGAAUACUUGACCAUUGCUGACCAGUCCUCUGCUGCAGAUGUACUUCAACAGUUGUCAGGUCCACUCCUUGUUCGGAUGAUCUAUACAAGGGAGGGAUCUAGGAUUGCGAUGCUUUGUAUAAAGCAUGGAAGCUCGAAGGAAAGGAAGAAAAUCAUAAAAGGGAUGAAGGGUUACGUGGGAAAGAUAGUCCAUGAUCAAUGUGGGACUAUGGUGCUUGUCUGCAUUCUUUCUAUUGUUGAUGACACUAAACUGGUGGCAAAGGUGGUUGUUCGGGAGCUUCAAACAAUUCUGAAGGAGCUUGUUAUGGAUAAGAAUGGAAGGCGUCCACUACUCCAGCUACUUCGUCCCAAUUGCCCACGCUAUUUCAGUCCUGAUGAUUUGGCUUCUUUGAAUCUAUCAAUUUCUUCUCUCUGCACCAAGGGUGAGUCAAAAGUAAAUUCAGAGUUAGAUAAUCAGAAAAAGUCUUCAGAGGCUGGUGAAGAAGGUGAGGACAACAGUGAUAGAGAGGGUGUUAUAGGCGAGUCUAACAAAGAUGCGGCCCCUGGCCAGAACGUCCACUUAACUGAAGGUGGGAAAAAGGAUCCUUUUUUACGAAGACAAGAAUUGUUGCUCAAUAGUGGUCUUGCUGAGAGUCUCAUUGAUACAUGCAUCGAGAAUGCAGAAGAAUUACUUAGAUCAAAUUUUGGCAGAGAGAUCAUAUAUGAGGUCGCCAUUGGCGGCGAUCGUGGCAUUCUCCGCCCAACUUUGGAUGCAAAGUUGGAGGCCUUACAUGGAGCUAUAGCAUCUCUUGUUGCACAGCCUAAAGCAGAAGAGGAACAUCUCCUGGAAAAUUUUCAUUCUAGCAGGACUAUUAGAAAACUGGUUUUGGAUUGCCCCGCCUUUUCUUCUGCCCUGUGGGAGAAAGCUUUGAAAGGGAAGUGCGAAAUCUGGGCGCAGGGUCACAGUUCUAAGGUAGUAUCUGCGUACUUGGAGUCCUCGGAUCCUACGACACGGGAACUGGCGAGAGAAGAACUGCAGCCCCUAGUAGAUGGCGGUAUGCUCAAAUUGCUCGGAAGCGAGCAGUCGCCGGGAGCAUGAUGAAGUCACUUACUUGGCCAAGCAUGGCAAUCUCAUUACCAUGCAAUUGCAAAGUCAUCUUGAUCUCCAAGUAUUUAUUCUUGGCAACGAGAAACUGCAGCAAAGAGCAUUUUUUUUUUUUUUUUUUUGGUUUUAGUAUUUUAUUUUUCUGAAGAGAAAAAGUAUGUUGUAUCAAGAAUAUUAUGACUCUGGAACAUGUCGUGCUAAUGGAGCAAAAUUAUUACGUUAGGACGAACUUUUUAGUACGUAUUCACAGUAGAUAAUAGUUGUGGGAGGGCACUUGUCACCCUUCUAAAAAAGAGAACUUAUUUUUUCCCGACUUGAUUCUUGCACGGAUUUAAUGAAAUUGUACCAUGCA